AUGGCCGCCUCUGGUGGUGGUGGUGCUGCUCUCCGCGGCCUCGUCGUCGUCCUCGCCGUCGUCUCCGUCUCCAUGUGGGGUGCGGAGGCCACGAUCAACGUCAAGGAGACGUGCUCGUUCACGGCGCACCCGGACCUGUGCGAGAAGGACAUGACCAAGCUGCUGGGCCUGGGAGGCGCGCCGGCGCCGGCGCCGGCAGCGACGACGUCGGCCUGA